AUGAGUGAAUUAGCUAGAAUUUCUGACAAGUCUUUUAAUGAACUUUGCUACGCAUGUAGAGUAGGCGACGUGGAAAAUGCAGAUAAACUAAUUUCUUUGGGUGUUCCGCUAAACGGUGUUGAUAUGUUUGACAAUAGCCCACUUUUUUUAGCAAGUUUAUGUGGCCAUGAAAAUGUGGUGAAGCUACUACUAGAAAGAGGUGCUGUAUGUGAUCGAGAUAGACAUGAAGGUGCUCGUUGUAUCUACGGUGCAUUGACAGAUAAAAUUAGAAGUAUAUUAUUGAGACAUGAUCUUUCAAGAGCAUUUGACCUGAACCAGCCCUUUGCCAAACAUAUUUCAUCAUUAUAUAUAGAUGAUAAUGACAAAAGUGCUAAUACCAACUUAUUAUUUAAAGAUGCGGGAUUAUCAUUUGGAAGUGUCCUGACCCACUCUCCGCCAGAAAAUCAAAAGCAUGAGCACAGUCACAGAUAUAAGUUAACAAAGGUAAACAAGUUUAUCUUAGUGGCCAGCUCGAGUUAUUUUUCAGAAAAAUUCAAGGACGCAAAAAAUGAGAUAUAUUUUGAAAUUUACCCUGAUUUAAUACUAAGAGAAGUUGAUUUCUUAGAGGCUACAGAAUUAUUUGUAAAAUUUUUAUAUUUGAUACCAGUUCUGCAUUUAUUUGAAAAACGUCAUUUAAAUAUAUUAUGUAUAUUUGCCGAAAAAAUGAAGUUUCCAAUAUUGAAGGAAUACAUUGAAAAGCUGUCAUUUAUUGUAGAUCCUAACUUUAAACACAAUUUGAUAGUAGAAUAUCAAAAAAAGAUAACAGAAGACUACCGCAGGAAUUUUCUAAAUUUUGUUGAAAAUAAUAUUAUAAAAAAAUGCCUGACUGUUGAUCAAGAUUCUUUUAAAGAUCCGUCAUUUGCUUCUAAGAUAAUAGCACAGGUUAGAAACAAUUCCUGUGCCUAUCCCGAUAUAAUUUUGUCAGUUAAGAAUACAGAAACAAAGAAAAUAACUUUAUAUCCUGCACAUCGAGCCAUGCUCAGUAGAUCUGAAUAUUUUAAAACCAUGUUUACGUUGCCCUUUUGUGAAAACAAUUGCUAUCUCUUUGACAAUGAUUAUAUGUUAUUAUCUCUAUCUGACCCGACUGUGGUUGACCUACCAACAGAAGAUAUAGAGACAGCACAUGCUAUUUUGAAAUACUUAUACUAUGAUAACACAGAUAUACCAUGGGAAAUAGCCAUGCGUGUACUAGUGACCGCUGAUUUUUUGCUACUUGAUAGAUUAAAAACUAUGGCUGCAGUCUCGAUUACAUCACAUGGCAAUGAAUUUUUAAAAAUAUACUCUUUGUUUGAUAUUUUAUAUAUUGCCUGGGAGGUUCGGAUGGAGAGACUAGAACAUUUCGUUGCUAAAACUAUUGCCGACAAUUUGGAAAAAUACCAGGAUUUGCCAUCUUUCCACCAAGCCAUUGAGAAUAGUGCAAAAAGAAUUAGUAAAAGAGAAGACAGUGAUACAAUUGAAUUAAUAGAUGAUAUAAUGUAUUAUUUACUAAGGAAACAUGACUUAACUCACGAAGAUUUAGAGUUACUAGAUUUUAAGGACGAUUUAGAGUUUAUGCAAGAGUCAGGAUUGUAUAGCUACCAAAAAGAUGUGGCUAUUAUUGAAAAAGUUUUAUCAAAAUUAAAACUACACUCAUGUAUUCAGACAGUUGAUUUCAACUUUCCUCUAUCAUAUAAUAUACACUAG